AGUGGAGUGGUGUUGUGCUGGAGAAACAAGUGUUUCUUCUGGGUUGGCUUGCAUCUGGGUAUAGUAACAACAUUCUUCCUAUUUUUCUGUUAAGUUUGACGUGUGCCUCCCAUGCCGGUUGUUCUCUUGCUUCAUAACUACAAUCUUCCAUGUUAAUACUGCAGAUAAGGUUGCGAAAAGAACGUAACCUUGUCUGAAAAGCAUCUUUGAACAUAACUGGAACACGAAAGUACGAUGCCAUCCCCGAUGGAGGGAUCUUCCAGAGAAGGUGACCUGUUUACUGUGAAACAUGAGCUGAAAAAUGCGAACCUGACUGGCCAUGUCGAGAGGGUGGGCAUUGAAAACUUUGAGCUAUUAAAGGUGCUCGGUACAGGAGCAUACGGCAAGGUGUUUCUUGUGAGGAAAGUCAGCGGCCAUGAUGCAGGGAAGCUUUAUGCCAUGAAGGUUUUGAAGAAGGCCACGAUUGUACAAAAGGCGAAGACUGCCGAACACACACGGACAGAGCGACAAGUGCUGGAACACAUCCGUCAGUCUCCGUUCCUCGUCACACUCCACUAUGCCUUCCAGACGGAUACAAAGCUGCACCUCAUUCUCGAUUAUGUAAACGGUGGGGAGCUCUUCACACACUUGGUGCAGAGGGUGCGGUUUAAGGAGCAAGAAGUAGCCCUGUACAGCGGAGAGAUUGUGUUAGCACUAGAGCAUCUACACAAGCUCGGAAUUGUGUAUCGCGACCUGAAACUUGAGAAUAUUUUACUGGAUUCAUAUGGUCAUAUCGUCCUCACAGACUUUGGACUCAGUAAGGAAUUUGAUCAGGUAGAAAGGGCAUUCUCCGUGUGUGGAACGAUUGAAUACAUGGCUCCAGAAAUCGUGGAAGGUGGAGAGUCUGGACAUGACAAGGCCGUAGACUGGUGGAGCCUUGGAGUGCUGAUGUAUGAGCUUUUGACCGGCGGAUCUCCCUUCACUGUCGACGGAGACGAGAACUCGCACACAGACAUUGCCAAGAGGAUUUCCAAAAAAGAUCCUCCUUUUCCCAAAGACAUGGGAUCACUGGCCAAAGACCUCAUCCAGCGACUCCUCAUCAAAGAUCCAAAGAAGCGACUAGGCUCAGGUCCUAAUGGAGCAGAGAAUGUAAAGAAGCACCCAUUUUACCAGAAAAUUAACUGGGAGGACUUGGCAGCUAAAAAGGUGCCCGCCCCAUUCAAACCAGUAAUCCGGGAUGAGUUGGACGUCAGCAAUUUCGCAGAUGAGUUCACCGAGAUGGACCCCACCUACUCCCCUGCAGCUCUGCCUCAGAACUGUGAUCGCAUCUUCCAGGGCUACUCUUUCAUGGCCCCCUCCAUCCUGUUCAAAAGGAAUGUGGUGAUGGACGAUCCUGUCCAGCUGUGCGGGGGCUCGGAGAGGCCUGGCUCUGCUGCCGUGGCCCGCAGCGCCAUGAUGAAGGACUCCCCUUUCUACAUGAGUUAUGAGAUGGACCUGAAGGACAGCGCUCUGGGAGAGGGCAGCUUUUCCAUCUGCAGACGGUGCACACACAAGAAGACCGGACAGAAAUAUGCAGUCAAGAUCGUCAGCAAAAGAAUGGAGGCGCAGACUCAGCGGGAAAUAGCAGCCCUAAAGCUCUGCGAUGGGCACCCUAACAUUGUCAAGUUACAUGAAAUCUACCACGACCAGCUCCACACGUACCUGGUCCUGGAGCUGCUCGGUGGAGGGGAGCUGCUGGAGAGGAUCCGCAGAAAGCAACAUUUCAGCGAGACAGAGGCCAGCCGCAUCAUGCGCAAGCUGGUGUCUGCCGUCAGUCACAUGCACGACGUCGGGGUGGUGCACAGAGACCUUAAACCGGAGAACCUGCUCUUCACAGAUGAGAGUGAGAACUCUGAGAUAAAAAUCAUAGACUUUGGCUUUGCUCGCCUCAAACCACCAGACAAUCAGCUCCUGAAGACUCCCUGCUUCACCCUGCAGUACGCAGCGCCGGAGAUCCUCAAAUAUGAUGGCUACGAUGAGUCCUGUGACCUGUGGAGUUUGGGGGUCAUUCUGUACACCAUGCUAUCUGGCCAGGUGCCUUUUCAGUGUCAGGAAAAGAACCUGACCCACACCAGUGCAGAGGAAAUCAUGAAAAAAAUCAAACAGGGCGAUUUCUCCUUUGAAGGAGAGGCCUGGAGGAACGUAUCCCAGCAGGCCAAGGACCUUAUACAAGAGCUGCUGACGGUGGACCCAAACAAGAGGAUUAAGAUGUGUGGCCUUCGUUACAACGCCUGGCUCCAGGACGACAGCCAACUGUCCUCCAACCCACUCAUGACCCCAGACAUCCUGGGCUCCUCCACUGCCUCUGUCCACACCUGUGUCAAAGCCACCUUUAAUGCGUUUAAUAAAUGUAAGAGGGAAGGUUUCCGUCUGCAAACGGUGGACAAGGCUCCGCUGGCCAAAAGAAGGAAGAUGAAGAAGACCAGUACCAGCACGGAGACGCGCAGCAGUUCCAGCGAGAGCACCCACUCCUCCUCGUCCUCCUCCCAGUCUCAGGAGAAGACGUUUCAGGAGGGGGACGCCAACCCUCAGCCGUCCAACAGCACGCCCCUCACCACCCCCGUCAACACGCCCGUGGCCCUGGGUACAGACUCGGAGCACGGCCACCAGCCGCCGCCUCCGGCCUUUCACUUCUCAGAAGGACAGUGAGACGGCUCGGAUGAGGAGGAAGAGGAGAAGGAAAAGGACAAGGGGAGAGCCUGUCAGAAGUCCAAAGCAGAGGGUUUUUCAGACCGGUGUGCAGACAGAUGUCUUCUCUUCUUGUACUCUCAGUCCCUGGCGGCGCUCUCUGCCACCGCCUCAACAACAGUCACAUUGCAUGGACGUUCGCACGUCUCCAAAACCAAGCAUGCAUAGCAGGAGCGAACCGCCGUCACCUCCUCGGUCAGUCAGUCCAAUCCAAUCCAGUUAAUCAAUCAGUCAUCACUAGCAAUAGCCUCUUCUUUUCUUUCUCUCUCACUUUUCAAGGUAGACUGUAUCAUUCAGGGACUGAACCAGGAAGAAGUGGUCACUGGUGUCCAAAAGGGAAAAAAGGGCUGCCCUGUUGCCCCACGUCCAGACAGACAACGGAGAAACGUUUUCAGUCUCGUCCUAAAAUUGCAACGAGCAGUCUGUCUGUCUGUCCGUCUGCCCCAUUUACUGUUCGUGUCCUCUGGAAAGGGAACGUCGCAGUGUUUACAUCACGGUUGCUUUGUAUUUUUUGUCAUAAGGAAAGAGGGA